AUGGAAAGAACCAAUGAUUCCUCAUUGACAGAAUUUGUACUGGUUGGGCUUUCUGCCCAUCCAAAGCUCCAGAAAGUUUUCUUUGUGCUAGUUUUGUGCAUGUACCUGAUGAUCCUGCUUGGAAAUGGAGUCCUCAUCUCAGUGAUCCUCUACGACUUUCAUCUGCACACCCCCAUGUAUUUCUUCCUUUGUAAUCUUUCCAUCCUGGACAUUUGUUACACAACCUCCUCUGUCCCACUAAUUCUUGAAAGCUUUCUGAGAGUAAAGAAAAAAGUGUCCUUCUCUGGAUGUAUGGUACAAAUGUUCCUCUCCUUUGCCAUGGGUGCCACGGAGUGUGUGCUUUUAGGCAUGAUGGCACUUGACCGCUAUGUGGCCAUCUGCUACCCACUGAGAUACCAUGGCAUCAUGACCAAGGGUGUCUAUGUGCCCAUGGCAGCUGUACCCUGGGCCAUUGGGCUUAUUGAUUCAGUGGUGCAGACAUCUCUCACAAUGCAAUUGUCGUUCUGUACCAAUAAUGUCAUUCAGCAUUUUGUCUGUGAAAUUCUAGCUAUCCUGAAGCUGACCUGUGCUGAUAUUUCAAUCAAUGUAAUCAGCAUGGCAGCAUCAAAUCUGAUUGCUCUAGUUAUUCCCUUGCUAGUAAUUUCCAUCUCGUAUAUUUGUAUUGUGGCUACUAUCAUGAGAAUUCCUUCUACUGAAGGAAAACGUAAAGCCUUCUCUACCUGCUCAACCCACCUCACAGUGGUGAUCAUAUUCUAUGGAACCCUCUUGUUCAUGUAUGCAAAGCCCGAGUCUAAAACCCCUGCUGAUGCAGAUAGUCAAGAUAUCAUUCAGGCUCUCAUUUCCCUCUUCUAUGGGGUGACGACUCCUAUGCUCAAUCCUCUCAUCUAUAGUCUGAGGAACAAGGAUGUAAAGGCUGCUGUUAAGAGUAUGCUGAUUUGA